GCGGACUCUUAAGCAGUCUAUCGAAAAUUCCAAUAUUAAAAACCGACUAGCUGAAACUCAAAAAGCUAACGAAGCUCUCAAGCGAAUGUUAUCACACAUGCCAACAGUGGAAGUUAAACAUAAGCUCGUAGUUCAACAGCGUAUAAACCGUCAAAUGGCUAAAAAACUCAAAACUCUAGCGGCGGAGCGAUCGCUUGAUGAAAUUGAAUUAAAUGUGCGUCAAUGUACUAUAAAAAAAUUUGCAGAACAGAUAAAUUGUAUGCGCGAAUUAGCAGUCACAUAUUCUGCAAAUAGAAGUGUUACUAAAAAUAAUAAAAAUGAAGAUGUUAAAAUUAUAUCAGUGGAUCAACAGAAGUUCAUAGAAUGUGCUCCAUAUUCAGACGUUGAUUCUAAUGUCUCAUUAAUGUGCGAUAAAACAUAA